UAUCAACUGGCAGAGAGUCUCUUACAUCUAAAACGUUGGCACAGUGAAUUCAUUGGUGUAUUCAUCGUUAGCCUUGUCGGUGGGUCAAGUAGUGUAUCGGUCAUCAGUUAAUAUAAAGUUUAAAUUAAACAGACGUCAAUUAAAGUGUUUAAAUAUUAUAACAUCACCAAUUUCAAAUUCAAAUAAUAGUAAAUUAAUUGGUGUGUCAAAUAUUUAUAAUAACGUGUACUAUAAACAAAUAAGACACUUUGAAUUAAGUCGACUCGUGUUACUGGCUAGAAAAGGAAAGGAUAAAGUAAAAAAAAUGCCGGAAACUACACCAUCACAUCAUGUUAAUGGAUACGCUAAUGGACAUGCUCCUCCAGAGCUACAACAGGCUGGAUCUUUUCUCUUCACAUCUGAAUCCGUUGGCGAGGGUCAUCCUGAUAAAAUGUGCGAUCAAAUAAGCGACGCUAUUCUUGAUGCACAUUUGGAACAGGAUCCAGACGCUAAAGUUGCCUGUGAAACGGUGACCAAAACUGGUAUGAUUCUUUUGUGCGGUGAAAUAACAUCCAAGGCGGUCGUUGAUUACCAGAAGAUUGUAAGAGACACAGUAAAUCACAUCGGUUAUGACGAUUCUUCCAAAGGUUUUGACUAUAAAACUUGCAACGUCUUGUUGGCAAUCGAUGCACAGUCGCCGGAUAUCGCUGCGGGAGUACACGUUAAUCGUAGCGAUGAAGAAGUCGGUGCAGGCGAUCAGGGAUUAAUGUUUGGAUAUGCAACCGAUGAGACUGACGAGUGUAUGCCACUGACUGUAGUUUUGGCGCACAGAUUAAAUCAAAAAAUUGCUGAAUUAAGACGAAGUGGUGAACUUUGGUGGGCUCGCCCCGAUUCUAAAACACAAGUGACCUGCGAGUAUACUAUGGAAAAUGGUGCAUGUGUGCCUAUUCGGGUUCACACUGUCGUGGUAUCACUUCAACACAGUGAGAAAAUAAGUCUUGAUGAAUUACGUAGACUUGUUAUGUCUGACAUAAUUAAAAAAGUCAUCCCAGCUAAAUAUCUUGAUGACAAAACUAUUUUCCAUGUAAAUCCUUGUGGUAAUUUUAUAAUUGGUGGCCCACAGGGUGAUGCUGGACUCACUGGUAGAAAAAUUAUCGUCGAUACUUACGGAGGAUGGGGUGCACAUGGUGGCGGUGCCUUUUCUGGUAAAGAUUUUACUAAAGUCGACAGAUCAGCAGCAUACGCAGCAAGAUGGGUGGCCAAGUCUUUGGUGAUGGCUGGACUUUGCAGACGUUGUCUAGUACAAGUAUCUUACGCUAUUGGUGUAGCAGAACCUCUUUCUAUAACUGUUUUUGAUUAUGGCACAUCAAAGUUAUCACAAAAUGAAUUACUGGGAAUAAUUAACAAAAAUUUUGAUCUUCGUCCUGGUAAAAUAGUCAAAGAAUUAAAUCUACGUCGGCCAAUUUAUCAACAGACUAGUACAUACGGACAUUUUGGACGAGAUGGUUUUUCAUGGGAACAACCAAAACAAUUAAUUGUCGAUUGAUGAGAGAAAAAAUAUAAAAUUUAAAAACAAAAGGAGAAAAAGAUUUUUAAAAAUGAUAAAUAUAUAUUAAUGUAUAAACAUUUACUAUACUGGACUAUAAUAAUAAUUGACAGUAAAUAUUAUAUAAAUUACUUUCAAUAAUCAUCGAAAUUAUUAUUUUUUCAUUUAAUUAAAAUUUUCUCAUUUACAUAUUUGUCAAUUGAAUGAAAAAAUAAGGAUAUGGAAUAACAGUUUUUUAUAUUUUAGUUUAAAAUUUUUUUUUCUUUCAUUUCUUUUGGCCCUAAUUUAGGGAGAGUGAAAAAAUAACUUAGCACUUGUAUAAAUUUAUUUUUCUCUAAAAACAAAAAGUCAUACAUUCAUUAUUUCUAUUUUAUUAAAUGAAAUGUAAGUCUAUGUACAUAUAUAAAAAAAAACUAAAUUAUCAUUAUUGUCAAUUUCAUCUCAUUUUUAAAAUAUUUGAACAAUUGAUAAAAAUAUAAAUAAUGAAUGACAGAGCGUACAUGUGAAAAUGUACGUUUCCAUGUAGAAUUGAGUGGACAAGUAAAAAAUUUAGUGCCCGUGUAAAAAAAAAUUUAUAAGAAAAGUUUGAAAAAAUGUUUACGAUUCGAAACUUCAAAACAUGACGAUCAAUUUUUUUUAAAUUUAAAAAAAACGUUCAGAAAUUUUUCAAAAUCAAAAUUUUCUGAACGUUUUUUGCCGGGAAAAAAAUGAUAAAAUUUUGAACAUUAAAUAGAGAGACAAAAAAGUCAAAAAAAUUUUCAUUUGUAGUCUUGUCAAUUUUUUUCCCGAAGGUUAAAAAUUAAAAAAAAAAUUGUGUCACAUUUUGAAGUUUAGAAUACGCGGGUUUUUUAAAUUUUAUUCAAAAUUUUUUUUUUACACGGGUGAUAAAGAAUUUUUGCAAAAAUGAAACAAAAAAAAAUGUAUGAGAAUGUGUGCGCAAAAAAUAUGAUGGGUUCCCAUUUAAUUUGUACUGUUAAAUUAAUUAAAAUAAAUUGACGUUUUUCAAUUAAAAAUUUUUUCUCCAUAUCAUUAAUAGAAAAAAAAAAAAACCUGAAGUUAAAGUCAAA